GUGACGUUUGGCUUCAUUAUCUAUGUGUUCAAGUAAUAGAACGAACAAUACAAAUAUGUAACUGGCGUGUACAAGGUGGCCGUUGAACAGAGCCUCUCAGUUUGCAGUGGAAUGACAUCGGCCACCAGAGAGAGACCAAAGCCAACCACAGCUCACAACGCAUAACACACCGACUCGCUACCCUCCCGCACAUGUAGGCGGUCCAUCCACCAGUCCCAUCAUCAUGGCCCGGGCCCUCACAGAGAGCAAAAAGCGACGCAGAGUGCUGUGCAGAGUCUCACUAUCAACAAGCUGUACGUCUCUCCGACGCCUUUCCCCCUUCUCAGGACUACCAUCAAAAAGGCAAAAAAAAUGAGGUGAGCCACGACCCAUAUGUGUUUGUAUAGGAAGGAUGACAAGACGCACGUCCACAAGCCACCAUACACGGCUGUGAUUGGUUGGAUCAUCACAUAUCAUUACACAGUUGGAUGGCAGAGAGCAAAAAGCGCCGCAGCGCGCCAGAGACCGAUGGAAAGACUGCUGGCCCGUCUGGCCAAGCAGACCAAGGCAUACACACAUGCAAGCUCCUGUCAUCCCUCACUCGCACCAAACUGUCUGUCUGUCUAUCUGACGCCUCCCUCUCUAGUGCCGUCCUCAUGGAAAAAGGUGUGCCAAACGUGAAUACCACCAAAAACACCCGCAUAUGUAUAGGGAAGGAUGACAAACAAGAGGCCCACCCGCCCCCUCACUCACUCAUGUGUGCCAUCACAUAAAUGUGAGAACGGAUCAGCAGCUGCCGCAGCAACGAUGUCCGCAACUGCCGCCGCCAAUGCACCCCACCUCAUAUUUCUGAAACAAACAAGUAUCCCCACAACAGGCGGACAUGGACGAAUGGAUUGUACGGAUGGAUGGGGCGUGCUCAUCUGUCUGUCUGUCUGGCUGGCUGGAAGCCCCUCUCUUUUUCUUGACGUACCUGGUAGCCGCCCUCGCACCCGACGUAUUCGUUCCAGUGGCCCAACAGGCAGCUGUCGCACAUGUCGUAAUCGUGGCACGUUUUUUUGCAGCCCUGAAGCUGACGGUGGUCGCCGCCAGCAGCAGAGGGCUCCUCUUCGUAGUCGGUGGUGGCAGUGUGGUUGUCGUGAAGGUAGUCGCCGUAGUAGUGUGGGCCUUGGUAGGGGGACAGCCGGCGGUAGUCACUGUUGGUGUCAUUCUCCCUCUGAAGGUGGGCAGGCAGCUGCUGGAGCCGGCGGCGGCGCAAUCCCUCAGAGCAGCCCGAAGCGCACUCACUCCUGCACGCGGCCGUGCACUCGUCCCCUUGGCCCAACUCAGAGCAGAAAGCCUCGCAGUAAUUCUUGCAGAUCUCUACGCACAGUGCCUCGCCGCCCUGCAGCUGCCUGUGGGCCUCUCUCUCCUGCACACCUGCAGCCAGAGGGAGGACAAACAUACCAUCGUUCGUGUGUGUGUGUGUGUGUGUGUACCUCUCAUGGCGGGAUUUGCUGCUGAUGCGAUGGCAAGGGCCAUGAAGGCCAUGAGGGCGACCACCGAAGUGCGAGGGGCCAUUGUAGCUGCACGAGGGGCUGACCAAGUGGAGUGCUGAGGGAGUCAGACGGCGCGAAGGGAAGGUGCGAGGAGUGAACACAAUUAAGCUGAGGAAGGAAGGCAGGCUGCUUGAGUGAGGUCGGUGUGCGAUGAAUUGUUUCCGCCUUUGAGCCCCUGCUGGUGCGGUAGACAGCACGGGAGAGGACUCAUGCUGUCUUAUCGUGCGGUCUCUCGUGAAACAACUCUCCUAUCCAUCGGAUUGGGACCAGCGAGCUCAUGCG